UGUGGUCCCUCCACGCUUCCAUCCUCUCCCUUCCGUCCUCCGCGGGCGCCUCUGUGCUCCUUUCAGCCGGGAUCACCUGCUCACAUUUGGACCGUGGAGUCCCGGGUGUCGCGGCUCGGCGCCCUCCUCCAGGGGCUAGGAGGAGCGCCGGGUACCACGUCCAGGUUUCUCCCGGGCUUCGUGACCACCGCCGGCGACAGCAAUGGCUCGGAGCGCCGGGAGAGACGCGGCUCGACCCGGUCCCGGAUGCCCGUGAUGCGGGGUCUGAUCGCACCUCAGAACACCUUCUUGGAUACCAUCGCUACUCGAUUCGAUGGGACCCACAGCAACUUUGUACUGGGGAAUGCCCAGGUCCAAACACUCUACCCAAUCGUCUACUGCUCCGAUGGCUUCUGCGAAUUGACCGGCUUUGCCCGAGGCGAGCUGAUGCAGAAGAGCUGCACAUGUUACUUCCUGUACGGUAGCGAGACCAGCGACCGCCUCACCUCGCAGAUGCAGAGAGCUCUGGAUGAGCGGCGGGAGUUCAAGACUGAAAUCAUCCUGUAUAAGAAAAGCGGCUCAAAGUUUUGGUGUCUGCUGGACAUUGUGCCCAUUAAAAAUGAGAAGAGUGAGGUGGUUCUGUUCCUGGUCUCGCAUAAGGACAUCACAGAAAACAAGGGCAUGGAACAUGGCAAUGAAUCUGACACAGAUGAGGAAACGGGGUUGGAGGUGCACCAGAUCAGUCGCCCUGCAGGCUUCAACGUGGAGCGCCGCCGCAGUCGAGCCGUCCUCUAUCAGCUCUCCGGACAUCUUCAGAAACAGGACAAGACCAAGAGCAAGCUGAAGAUCAACAAUAGUGUUCUGGGAGCCAACGCUAAUCCAGUACCAGAGUACAAGGUGGCAGACAUCCAGAAGUCCCGCUUCAUCCUCCUCCACUACGGCGCAUUUAAGGCCGGCUGGGAUUGGCUGAUCUUGCUGGCGACCUUCUACGUAGCCGUCACGGUUCCCUACAAUGUCUGCUUCACAGCGGUGGAGGUGCGAGAGGACGGUGGGUCAGCAGCACGAAGCCCGCCCAGUGUUAGCGACAUCUUGGUGGAGAUUCUCUUUAUGAUUGAUAUCGUGCUGAAUUUUCGAACCACCUAUGUGAGCACUUCUGGUCAGGUUGUGUAUGACGCCCGUUCAAUUUGCAUUCAUUACGUCACAUCCUGGCUUUUUGUGGAUCUGAUUGCCGCCUUGCCGUUUGACCUGCUAUAUGCUUUCAACAUCAGUGUGGUGAGUCCAGCACACAGCAAGAAACAGACGCAUGCAAACGCACGCUUUUCAACACCCAUUUCUACGUCCAUCACGCAGAACUUCGGGGUGCACCUGCUGAAAACGGUGCGUCUCCUACGCCUUUUACGACUUCUGCAGAAGCUGGACCGCUACUCCCAGUACAGCGCUGUGGUGCUCACCCUGCUCAUGUCCACCUUUGCCUUGUUGGCCCACUGGAUGGCAUGCGUCUGGUACUUCAUUGGCCGCAGUGAAAUUGAAAGCAACAGCCCCACCUCUUGGGACAUAGGCUGGCUUCAUGAGCUUGCUAAACGUUUGGGUACACCAUACUUCCUGGCACCACUGACCUCUCUACUGGGGGUCUCCGAUUCGCCCCAAGGAACCAUGUCACCAGAACUGAUCAAUUCCAGCCAGUGGAACAGCUCAGGCCUGGAAACGAUGAACGAGGCGGGAAUGCUUGGUGCGGCCCAAUGGAAUGGCAACAGAUCACGUGCAAGGUCGCCCGGUGGCACGGGGAUGUCCUUGAACGGCGGUCCAUCCAUGCGGAGUUCCUAUGUCACGUCACUGUACUUUGCUCUGAGCAGCCUGACCAGUGUGGGCUUCGGCAAUGUUUCGGCCAACACGGACUCCGAGAAGAUCUUCUCCAUCUGCACCAUGUUAAUCGGAGCGUUAAUGCAUGCCGUGGUGUUCGGUAACGUGACCGCCAUCAUCCAGAGAAUGUACUCGCGUCGCUCACUUUACCACACCCGCACCAAGGAUCUGAAAGACUUCAUUCGGGUGCACCGACUGCCUAAAGCGCUUGAGCAGCGUAUGAUGGAGUGUUUCCAGACAACCUGGUCUGUCAACAACGGUAUCGACGUCAGUGAGCUGCUGAAGGACUUCCCGGACGAGCUGAGGGCUGACAUAGCCAUGCACCUGAACAAAGAGCUGCUACAGCUGCCGCUCUUUGAGUCGGCCAGCAGGGGAUGCCUACGCUCCCUCUCGCUAAUCAUCAAGACAUCCUUCUGUGCACCCGGGGAGUUCCUUAUCCGUCAGGGCGAUGCCCUACAGGCCAUCUACUUUGUGUGCUCUGGCUCCAUGGAGGUACUGAAGGACAACACUGUGCUUGCCAUUCUGGGCCGAGGUGACCUGAUUGGCUCGGACUGUCUGACGCAGGAGGAAGUGAUUAAGACCAAUGCCUGUGUGAAGGCUCUGACCUACUGUGACCUGCAGUACAUCAGCCUCAAAGGCCUUCGUGAGGUUCUCUGCCUGUACCCCGACUACGCCCAGAAGUUCCUUUCCGAGAUCCAACACGACUUAACGUAUAAUCUCCGUGAAGGACACAGCAUGGAGGCCGACUACGAGAGCAACGGAGGACUGGUGAAAAAGCUUCCUUCCAUCAAGGAGGAUGAGGAAGGGUCAAAUUCAGAGGGGGAACGUUCACCAAUCCCAAAGAUUGCUCCCUUGGGUAGAUUUGGGCGAGGCUUGCGCUCGCCCCUACGCUCCCCUCUACGCUCCCCUCUGCUCCCACCAAAACCUUUCAGACUGGUGAGCGACCACACCCGGCCCACCAGCCUGCAGAUCCCUGUGGUGAGCUUCAGCUGCCUGCAGCCAGAGCUCAGUCCUCGAAUUGUGGACGGCAUCGAAACAGAAAAUCAAAGUGGUUCUGCCACAAAGUUUGAUUUCACCCCCAGCUCCACACAGAGUUUUCUUGCCAGCCCCGAUUCUGCUACAGCAGACGAACACAAUGACCGUGACACCGUGCAGGCUAUCUCGAAACUCAAACACGAGAUGAAGGUUCUUUCCCGCCAGGUAACCACCGUGCGUCACGAGCUUCAGGAAAUGACGCGACUUCUCAAACCGCUUUUCCACAACUCCUCCACCCUGCUGAUGCCCAGCGCCGUGACGCCACCUCCCAGCAUCUCAUCGCACAGUUGCUCACCGGCGCCACUGCUUUUUACCCAGCAUGCAGAGGACCAACAUCUUCAGCGUCUCCUGGUACCCGAGCCAUCAUCUCCUCCACUGAGCAUGCAGGCUUUUGAAGGCUGCAGGAGCGCACGUGUAGGAGAGAGCGGCCCACUGCACUGUUCCCAUUCUCAAAUCCUCACCUCCAGUAACCCUCCAGUCGGGUCCCAUUGCUCAGCUCCGCCAUCACUUAACAGUUCUCCACGUGAGCACGCACUCAUGCCACUUUCCGCCUCGUCCUCCAUCCCGUCCAUCUCCUCCUCGUCGACCUGCACACCCCUUCUGCUGGACUUAACAGGAGCAAGUGUUGAGCCAACAUUCUGCACCUCUUCCCAAUACCAGCACCGUCCUUUCUGCCACUCCGACACGUACCUGACACCCCCCCUUUAUGUGCGCCCACCUCCUCAGAUCAACUUCCAGCCUGUUCUCCGGCCCUCCAGCAUGAUGGCAACCCAGGGCGGGGCAGCGUGGGAAGAUCAAGCCACCCAGCUCAGCUUCGUGGACGAGGGGCAGCCAUGAAAUGACAGCCUCACCAGCUACUGCAUGACAAACGCGUCUGGCAUGUCAACAUGUGAAACAUAUUGGUACAUACAAUGCUUUCAAUUGGACUGUAUGGACAUUUACCACCAGCUGCCGACAGCGGUACAUUUCAUCUACUCCUUUCAAGAGGGAUGCUGGCGGCCAGGUCCUCAAAAGUGCAGCUCCUGUGAUUACCACUAGAUGUCAACGUUGAACAAAUAUAGAGUUUGAUGCAUCAAAGGCACCAAAAUAAACAGAUUCGAUAUGAA